GGCGUCUUCAUCUGGUAUGCAUUGGCUGCAUUCCUCGAAGUGCCUCCCGACUCGCAAUGCCGCACCUUCAGCGCCGCUCCGCUCAAAGACCCCGUAGUGCAGUAUCCUCUCCUGGGCUGGCUUAUUCCUCUCAUUCCGCUGCUCUUCGGUUUACUCAUUGGACUGCCUCUCACGUUGGUGCGUGGACGUAGGAAAUAUCCCGACCUGUCGGUAAGCAUCCUGCUCUUUGGCCAAACAAGAGGGUCACUUGAUGCUUUCGUUUCAAUGUUUGCCUAUCAAUUGGUUCUUCUAAAGUGCUCUAUCAUCUUGGCUGACUAUACUUUUGAGCUGCCUGGUCUUCACCAACACAUUUGCUUGGCAGCGCUCACUGAUGAUGCCGACUACGAUGCCGGCGAAGUGUCUGAGAAUGUGUUAAGUGCACUGUCAGAUGCUGGGAGUCAUGACAACUACUAU